AUGCAACACAGUGCCUUCUCCCAGUACAGCCCCGCCGUGUGUGCCCCAGAGCUCUCCCUCCCAGUACGGCCCACCUACGGCUUCCGCAACUGCAUCCAGUCACCCUGGGACCCCGGGCUCUUCCGCUGCGUCCAGCGGUUCCUGGAGUCGGUGGCCGGCGCGGUGGACGACCUGCCGCCGGCCGCCACCGCCCUCAACCUCUCCCACAACAUCCUCCACCACCUGCCGCCCGCCGCCUUCGCCCGCCUGCCCCUCCUGCAGACCCUCGACCUGGCCUACAACCGCCUGGCCGGCAUCGCCCCGGGGGCCUUCGCCGGGCUGGGGGCGCUGGCCGCCCUCGACCUGUCCCACAACCGCCUGGCCGGGCUGGCCGAGGGCGCCUUCGCCGGGCUGGGCAACCUCUCCUCGCUGCGGCUGGACCGCAACCCGCUGGCCAGCCUGGCCCCCGGCGCCCUCCUGCCGCUGGCCAGCCUGCGCUGCCUGUCCCUGCGGGGCGGCCGCCUGCCCGCCCUGGGGCCGGUGGUGCUGGCCGUGCGGCGCCUGCCGCAGCUGCGGCUGCUGGACCUCUGCGGCAACAACCUCUCGGCGCUGGGGCCGGGGCCGCCACUGCCGCCCUCGCUGCUCACCCUGCGCCUCUGCAACAACUCGCUGGCGGGGCUGGCCGGCGGGACCCCCGGGCUGCUGCCCGCCCUGCGGGCGCUCGACCUCUCCUUCAACAACAUCUCGCAGGCGGCGCCCUUCGCCGGGCUCUGCCUGCGCAACCUCAGCCGGCUGCGGCUGGCCGGCAACCCCCUGGACGUCUUCCGGCUGCUGGAGGUCUCGGACGUGCGGCCGCGCAGCCUGGACUUCUCAGGGCUGCGGCUGGGGCCUGGCGGGGUGGACAAGGUAUGCCAGCGCCUGGCGGGCCCCCGGCUGCGGCGCCUGCAGCUGCGCCGCAACGGCAUCGGGGUGCUGCCGGACGGGGCGCUGGCCGCCUGCCCGCCCGUCGGCACGCUGGACCUCUCCGGCAACCGGCUGCGGUGGCUGGGCUGCGUGGGGCGGCUGCUGGGGCCGGGGCAGCAGCGGGAGCUGGGGGAGCUGGUGGUGGAGCACAACCUGCUGCGGCGGCUGCGCUCCUGCCGGGCGGCCCCGGCCCUGCACCAGCUGCACAACGUCUCGCUCCGCUUCAACCGCAUCCUGGUGGUGGGGCCGUGGGCCUUCGCCGACGCGCCCCACCUGCGGAUGCUGCGCCUCGACGUCAACGGCCUGGCGCAGCUGGACCGGCAGGCGCUGCAGGGGCUGCGGGAGCUGCAGGAGCUGCGGCUGGACAACAACCUGCUGACCGACCUCUACUCCGGCUCCUUCGCCGACCUGGGCCGGCUGCGCACCCUCAACCUGCGCAACAACCGCGUCUCCGUCCUCUUCCCCGGCGCCUUCGCCGGGCUGGCCCGGCUGGAGACGCUGGACCUGGGGGGCAACAACCUGCGGCACCUGGCAGCCGCCGCGCUGCAGGGGCUGGGGGCGCUGCGCCGCCUCUACCUGGACCGCAACCGGCUGCAGGAGGUGAGCGCCGAGACCUUCCGCCCGGUGCAGGCCUCCCUGGGCGUGCUGGACCUGCGCGCCAACGCCCUGCGGUACAUCAGCCAGCGCCCGCGCCAGCCCUUCCGGCACCUCCAGCGCCUCUACGACCUGAAGCUGCAGGCGCAGCAGCCCUACGGCCUGAGGAUCAUCCCCCACCGCUUCUUCCAGGGCCUGACCGCCCUCCGCUCCCUCUUCCUGGCGCAGAACUGGCUGCUGGCCAUCCCCGCCGACGCCUUCGACGACCUGGCCCAGCUGCGCUACCUGACGCUGGCCGACAGCAGCGGCGGGAUGGGCGACCUGCCCGCCGGCGUCUUCAAGAACCUGAGCCGCCUGCGCAGCCUGGACCUGGAGAACGCGGGGCUGCGCAGCCUGGGCCCCGAGGUCUUCGGCAACCUCAGCCAGCUGGAGCGGCUGCGGCUGGCCAAGAACGAGCUGCGCACCCUCGACCAGAACCUGGACGGCCGGCUGCCCGCCCUGCGCUACCUGGACCUGCGCAAGUGCCCGCUGAGCUGCGCCUGCGCCAACGCCUGGCUGCCGGGCUGGCUGGGCCGCACCCGGGUGCAGGUGGUCUACCUCUACAACUACAGCUGCGGUGGUGGCGGCGGUGGCGGGCCCCCCGCCUACCUGCACAGCUUCGACACCCGCGUCUGCUUCCUGGACGUGGGGCUCUACCUCUUCGCCGGCACCGCCCCGGCGGUGCUGCUGCUGCUGGCGCUGCCGCUGCUGUACCACCGUGCCUACUGGCGCCUCCGGUACCACUUCUACCUGCUGCGCGCCUGGGUCAACGGGCGCUGGCGGCGGGAGGAGCGGCGCUACACCUACGACAGCUUCGUCUCCUACAACUCGGCCGACGAGGGCUGGGUGUUGGGGGAGCUGGUCCCCGAGCUGGAGCGGGGCUCCCUGCGCCUCUGCCUGCACCACCGCGACUUCAGCCCGGGCAAGGCCAUCAUCGACAACAUCGUCGACGCCAUCUACAACAGCCGCAAGACGGUCUGCGUGGUCAGCCGCAGCUACCUGCGCAGCGAGUGGUGCUCCCUGGAGAUCCAGCUGGCCAGCUACCGCCUCUUCGACGAGCUCAAGGACGUCCUGGUCCUCGUCUUCCUGGAGGCCAUCCCCGACGCCGAGCUCUCCGCCUACCACCGCAUGCGCCGGGUGCUGCUCAAGCGCACCUACCUGCGCUGGCCCCCCGAGCCCCAGGCCCGGCAGCUCUUCUGGGCCAAGCUGAAGCGCGCCCUCCGGAGCGGCUACGCCGAAGGCGAGGAGGAGGAGGAGAAGGAGGAGGGGGAGGAAGGCUGUGGGGAGGGCAGCAAGCUGCCCUAG